AAGAGGAAGAGAGAGAGAGAGGCAGGGAGAGGGAGGAGGGGGCUAGUGGUCAUCAUCAGUCCUCUUACAGCAGAUAUUUGUAAGGAUGGAUGGUGGAACUGGUCCAGUUCAGUUUUACUGAGAGGUUUUAUCCUCCAGUUUCACUGUUCCUCUGUUCUUUUCAGUGUUUCUGCGUUUAGUUUCUGUACUUUUGAGUGAAGCUGGAUGUAGAGAGCACGAUGGUGCUGUGGGAAGGAAGUGAAAAGGUGGGACGAGACUGAGGACAGGAUGGCGUACACACAGUUGGAACCCGUCAAUGAGGGUCUUCUGUCCAGACUGUCAGACCUGCUGCUGUGUCGCUGGUCGUGCCGGGCGUGCUGGCAGUGGUGUUGGGAAUGCAGCUGUUGCCAGUCCUCUGAUGAAGAGGUGGAAAUUUUGGGGCCGUUUCCUGCACAGACUCCAUCCUGGCUUGUCAACGACUGUAAUGAUGAGAAAGAUUCAAACUCCCACCUCAUUGGUCGUGAAGAUGCCCCUCCAGUCCAGAACCGCAGCAGCAGCAGUAACAGCAGCACGAGCCCCAGCCGCCGACGCUCCAGCUCUGAAAACUCACGCUCCACCUUCAGCCUCGCCCGUCAGCUCUCCUCUCUGGACGCCCGGCGACCCAGCUCUCCUCUGGUGGACAUGAAGCCCAUUGAAUUUUGGGCCAUGGGCCCCAGAAAGGAGGUGGUGCAGCCCCUGCGUAAACCACAGACCCCCCCAGACGACUACUUCCGCAAGCUGGAGCCCCGGCUGUACUCGGUGGACUCGGGUGGGGAUGACGUGGACUCUCUGACAGACGAGGAGAUCCUGCUGCGGUAUCAGCUGGGCAUGCUGCACUUCAGCACACAGUACGACCUCAUCAACGCGCACCUGAGCGUACGGGUCAUAGAAGCACGUGACCUGCCUCCUCCACUCACCUGCGACGGAGCCAGACAGGAUAUGGCCCACUCCAACCCCUACGUGAAGAUGAGCCUGCUGCCCGACCACAAGAACUCACGCCAGACCGGCGUCAAGCGCAAGACCCAGAACCCUGUUUUUGAAGAGCGCUUCACUUUUGAGCUGCCCUUUCUGGAGGCGCAGCGCAGGACCCUGCUGCUGUCCGUCGUGGAUUUUGACAAGUUCUCGCGCCACUGCGUUAUCGGGAAGGUGGUGCUUCCUCUAAGCGAGGUUGAUCUGGUGAAGGGGGGGCACUGGUGGAAGGCCUUGGUCCCCAGUUCUCAGAAUGAAGUGGAGCUCGGUGAACUCCUGCUGUCCUUGAACUACUUGCCCAGUGCUGGCAGGCUGAACGUGGACGUCAUCAGGGCCAAGCAGCUGCUGCAGACUGACAUGUGCCAGGGCUCAGAUCCCUUUGUGAAGGUGCAGUUGGUGGCAGGACUAAAGCUGGUAAAGACUAAGAAGACGUCCUGUAUGAGAGGCACCAUCGACCCCUACUACAACGAAUCCUUCAGCUUCCGGGUAUCUCAUGAGGAACUGAGUGAGGUUAGCCUCGUGUUCACAGUUUAUGGGCACAAUGUGAAGACCAGUAAUGACUUCGUGGGCCGCAUAGUGAUUGGUCAGUUUUCUUCGGGCCCUGCAGAGACCACACACUGGCGAAGGCUACUGCGCUCCCAGCGGACCCCCGUGGAGCAGUGGCACAGCCUACGGUCUCGAGCCGAGUGCGACCGGGUCUCUCCGGCAUCCCUCGAAGUCACAUGAUUAUGACCUGGACAUCUGGUUGGUGGAGGCAGAACAGUGACAGGACUGUGCGUUGAAAGUUGAGAAGCUUUUGGGGUUUUGACAAACUUUUUAAGGAGAAAGUGGUGAGAGUUUAUAAGUAUGUCAUUUUCGAACUCUGAAGACCUCAACGUUUGGAGGACCAACAUGUACUGUAGGUAGAGUUUCUUACUAUCAAACCAUAGAUCCAGAUCUGUGGACUCGGGUUGUUCUGACCUCGUUACCCCUUUUUCCACAGCAGCUACAACAGGGGAGAUUUAGUCUACUGGAAACAGAAGGCCUGGUGGUGUUUUUCCACCAUCCCUACCGAGCAGGAACUCGCCGUCCACAUUUUCUCUUUAUCACAUUGAUACUAUCUUACAGGACAGCUCAAUAACCUCAUCAUCGCCCGCCUGCCAGACGCUCAGCUGGACUCAGCUGGACACCGGAGCAGCCAGAGCUCCCUCCUCCUGCUGGCAUGGGGUGCAGUGUUGUUUUCACCACAUCGCUUCAACACGGUUGCUGAUAAUCAGUUUGGACGUAGUUCAAAGUUAAUCCGAAAGCAAUCUACAUUUCGUAUUUGAUUUUUUUUUUACAGUCUCACACCAAAGCUUCUGUUUUCAUGACUUUACUGUGUUAAUGCUGCCCUUCGUCUGUGUGUGUGUGUGUAUAUGAGUGUGUUUUUGUGUCCGCCAAAUCAACGUCUAAUGUUCACACUGUAUGUUUGCACUUCUAAUAGCAAUCGCAUUCUGCGUGCCCACGUUUGAAUGUGUUGGUGUUUGUUGCUGUUGUGCAGAGGUGACUAUUUUUGCAGGGUUUAGAGAAAACACAGUGCCAUUCAAAGAGAAAGGAGCAAAUAAAGCCAACUUUCUCUAGUUUACUCCUUAAAAAACCCUUAGACCCUUCAUUUAAGCCCACCUAUACUUUGUUAACACUUUGUAUUAACAUCAGUUUUAUAAGGCCUGGAGUAAAGCCUUAUGGAACUUCACCAGAUUUGGUAAACCUGAAUGACUGUAGAAAACAUGAACACUGCAGUGUUUCCCAAAAUGGAAAGCUCAUCUGCUUGCUGGUUGCAGUAGAAUGUGCAGCUCUACACAUCUCUAUAUGUUUUAUUGACAUAUUAAUAACCUUAUCAAGAUUUUGUUCUCUAAAUCUUAAUGAGGUUAUUAAUUAAUCACAACAACAUAUCAGCAUGGCCAUUUUUGCAUUCUUAGUAAAGGCAGUGAGUAUUUGAGUUAGGUAAAGUGAUCCAGACUAGUGCUGGCUAAUACGGCUAACAUGCUAUAUGUGAACUGGUUCACAGAUGUUCACUAUUGCAGCAGCAACCAUUAUGACCAAUAACUGUAUAUAAACAUGGACUGUGUCUGUCAAAAUGUCUCUCAAAAUUUUAAAAGUCACUACAUAUCUUAUGUGACUGCUGGAUGCUUGCAGACAGUGUAUAGUGUACCUCCGCCUAUCUCCAUAUGUUUCAAAGACAAAACAGCAUAUUUUAUAACCUAUUUUUUCCAUUAAACUGCCUUCCAUAUCUUCAGUAUCUAAUCCAAACUAUAUUAAUAUUGCCAUGUUUUGUAUUUUUCCCAAGAAAUAAAAUCCUGCUAUUUAAUGAGAAGGUGGAGUUACACUUAGGAACAAAGUGACUUACAGCCUUGCCAGGAAGAGAACAGUCAUCUGCAGGCUCUGCAUCAUAGUAUAUCUGUUAAUUACGUGGAGUAACAUGUCCAUGUGGGAUCUAAAGGGGUUAAACAUUCAUCCAUCUGGGUUGUACAGCGCACAUGGGGCCUAGUUUGAGUUUUGAUUAAGAUGGGAUAAGGUACAAAUACAAACAAACCCAAUCAGAGCCCAUGCUCACCUAAAACCCACCUAACCUACAUUUAACUCAUAUGAGCCCCACAUGAGAAUAUUGACUGGGUGACAGACACUUUUUGGCCUUUAUUUCUGUAGAAAGAAAGUGAAUGGGACUAGUACCCAACCCACUCAUUAGGACACCCCCUAUCACUAGAGAUGCCCCAACACCAGGAGGGUAAAGACUAGCACAUGCCUCCUCUGAUACAUGUGAAUUUAGCCACCACCUCUUUUCCAACUGCUGCUGAGGAGCAUUGCCGAGUAGCAUCACAGCACAUUCGCAGAAAAACGCAGCGACUCGGUUCCGAUACACCAGCUCACAGAUGCCUUGUGCUGAGUGACAUCGCCCUUUAAAGAGAUGUAGGGAUUUGAUGAGAAGGUGGGGUUACUCUUAGGAAUGAAGUGAUUGACAGUCUUUCUGUUUAUUACAUGGAGUAGUUGAAUUACACAAACUGCACUUUUACUGUAGCAAUGAAAUAAAACACUAAAUGAACUCUAAGAUAAAUGAAGGAAGUCUGAGACACACUUAGUCCCAAUCCCAUUUCACCCCUUGGCCCUACCCCUUGUUUUUGGAUGUAACCCUUCCCCUUGGAACAGAGUUAAAGGGGAAGGAGUGAAAUCCUCCACCCUAAGAAUUGGGACAACCCUUCAAGCAUUGGCUACAUCAUCAGGAGCGCUAAAGUUUAGUAACUUAGCCCUUUUUAAGGCAUUGUAUGUCUACAGAAAGGGGGGAGAUGGUUCAGAAAUUAAUUAUUAUUGUCCAUUUCUUAAUUUUUCUGUUAUAGGGAGCUAAAAUGAGCUUUGAUAAGCUUUUACUUUACUUUAUUUUUCUGUUCCGCCUUAAAUGCUGCAGCCCCUGCCGGUUGUUGCACUAUUUAAGGUGGAGCGGGAAAGUUAGCUAGCUAGCUACCUUCAGAGACAAAUUAAUAGCGAUCUUUUAAUGCUUGUUAUGAAACAAAUUGGCCAUAAAACAUUGAAACUGCUUAUUAAACUAUGGUAAUAUAGUUCUAAUCAUCACUUUUAACAAAGAAAAUGUUUACAUUUAUGGGUUUCUUACCAGUGAUUCACAUACCCCUUUGUUUUAAGUGUGCAUCUGAAAAAUCUCUCAAUGAAGGGCUAACAAGCCCUAUCCCUUCCCCCUACCCUCCAACCUAAUGAGAAUCGGGGGACCCCUACCUCUCGUAAGGGGUAAGGGGUAGGGCCAAGGGGUGAAAUGGGUUUGGGUCUUAGUCUUGGAGAAGUAGCUUGGUCUACCGAAUGAGUCAAAGCGUUUUGUCCACAGGUUCCAUGUUGGCCCCACAUAUGAUAUGGCAUCAGUGAAGGGACCAAAGGGAGGCUUUUUUCAAAAAAGAGCCUGUGCCCAUCUAAAACCCACCUAGCCCAUGUUUAACCCAUGUGAGCCCCACAUGAGAAUGUUGGCUGGGUGGUCUCUACUGAGCUCUUGUUGCAAAUUUGACAUGUUUUUGGCUUCAUUUCUAUAGAAGAGAAAAGAAUGGAAGCACUUUGUCCUUGUUUUCUUCAGUCAUUGUGCUAAACCAAAUGGUCACCAAAUAAUUCACUAUAGUUUCUGAAUUUAGCUCAAUGGCAGAAAUAAAUAAAUCUAGGGGUUCAAGGGGUUUAACGCUCACCUUUCAACGUUGACCAACAGUCCAGAGUCCAUGUGUGGUCCAAAUGUUGCUGUGAUGUAUUUUUUGUGCUACCUCCUCUUCGUCUGUAUGUGCAGUAUGUCUGUCUGUUUGUUGGUCUGUCUAGUUAGUAGAUGGAUCUAGAUUGGUCUUGUUGGAGGAUUGAUAGUGUAGUGUAGAACUCAAAGUGCAAUCAGAAGCAUUGCUGUAUCCUGUCUCCUUACGCUUCAUGUGCCUAGUCGUGAACUGUUCCAGGUAUAGAGGCACUUUGUAUGUAUAUAUGUAUGUAUGUUAUGUUAGUGUACGACUUUGAACGUGAAAAUGAUUCUAUAUAUAUAUAUAUAUA